AUGGCUUCGACCCAAGGGAGCGAUCCUGUCCCGCUGGUUCACUCGCUAGAUUCGAUCUACUCGCAUGCCGGAGUGUUGAAAAACGGCAGACGGUGGAACGAUCUCGCUCUGAAAUUCGCGCAAGCGUUCUCCGGUGCGAAAGCUGACUUCAUCGCGCGCGCGCCAGGCCGAGUGAACCUGAUCGGUGAACAUAUCGAUUAUGUCGGCUUCUCGGUUUUCCCGGCUGCUAUCGAAAAGGACAUUCUGAUGGCCACCAAGGUGACGCUUUCCUCCGUCUCGGCUCCAGCCUCAGAGACGGUGGAAGUGGUGCUUAAGAACACGACGGCUCGGUUUGCGGAAACCUGCUUCUCGUUUCGCUACGAUUCGGUCGACAAGGUAGAAUUGCUCAAUUCGGGCGACGAACGAUGGGCCAACUACUUCAAGGUUGCUCUGAAAGGAUUGCACUCUCACCUGCCUUCUUGGGUGCUUGGCGCGUCCAAUUCGAAUCGACCCGUCAAGAUUCAAGUUCUGGUGGAUGGAACGAUUCCACCAGAGUCAUCGCUCAGCUCGUCCGCCGCUAUGACGACAUGCAGCAGCAUCGUUGUACUCGAAGCUUUCGCAGCAAGACUUUUGAUCGAUAGAAAAGAGAUGGCUGAAGUCGCGAUCCAGUCCGAACGCCUGGUUGGCGUCAAUUCGGGUGGAAUGGAUCAAUCCGCUUCCAUUUUCAGCAUCCCGAACCACGCGCUCUAUAUCUCUUUCUACCCAGAGCUGCGAGUGCGACCGACAAAGUUACCGCAGAGCACACCGGACCACACAUUUGUCAUCGUAAACACGCUCGUGGUUAGCGACAAGAAGGUUACGGGCCCGGUCAACUACAAUCUACGCGUGGUUGAGACGCGCAUGGCGGCGAGGGCGUUGGCUAAGAGUCUGGGACUGGAGAGUGCCAAAGGCGCGGGAUGCAGAGAUUUGAGGGGGGUGUUGGAGAGCUUUUUCAGUGAGAACGGUCGAGAUUCGCAGCUCCAGAUCGAAAUGGAGAACAGUACGGCGGUUCAGGAGACGUUGGAGAAAUCGGGCGAGGAAGCAGCCAGGAUUCGUGUGUUGGAGGAAAAAGUUGAAGCGCUUUACACCAGCUCUGCGCUUAGAGCGGGACUCGGAAGAGAAAAAGUGGAAGAGCUGACCGGAUACACUGGCGAAGAGUUUGACAAGGAGUUUUUGAGCUCUUUUCCGAUUCGAGCCGAGAGGUUUGAACUGUACAAGCGGUCCAAGCACGUCUUUACGGAGGCGUUGCGCGUGUUGCAGUUCCAAGCGCUGUGCAAGCAAAACCCUGCAUCCUCGGAGGAUGACGGUAAAAUCGUAUACAAGCAGUUGGGAGCUCUGAUGGAUGGUUCGCAAACUUCGCUUCGCGAGCUAUACAAUUGCAGCUGUGACGAGCUGAACCAGGUGAUUGACAUCGCCAAACGCAACGGCAGUUUGGGAAGCAGGCUGACGGGGGCUGGUUGGGGUGGCUGCACGGUUCAUUUGGUCCCUAAGCCCAAAGUCGAGGUGUUCAUCUCGGCGAUGCGGACGCAAUACUACAAGAAGCGGUUCCCUGGGUUAUCCGAGCAAGAGCUACAGGACGCUUGUUUCGAUACGCAGCCUGCUGGUGGUGCUUGCGUGUACAAGGUGCAGGCAUGA